AUCAUAUUCAUAUCUAACGCUCACACGUACACCACAUGUGCAGCAGAUUUGUAUGGAAAGCGAGAAUGAUCGUACAAAAAUAAUUAAAUCAUCGUCAUCGAUCGAUCAUAAGUAGCAGCAUUAGUGAUUGAUUGAUUUGUCGAUUUGGUGAUGCAGUUCAUGCCACUGUUCGAUCGGUAAGGCACUGCGUUUUUGUUUGUGUUCUUGGAUUUUUAGGAGAAAAUGGUCGUCGACGCCGGCGCCGCCGUGGCGUCUAGGACGAACACGUCGCGCCGGCAGCACGGACGCCGGUCGUCGGCCACGGCGAGCGCUGGCGCGGCGCUGUCACCGUCGAGGCCUAAGGCCGUCGUCGCCUCCCGCUAUCUCGUCUCCACCACUGCCUCGGCGUCGGCGACCUGCCGCGCGGCGUCCCCGGGCCCGGCUGCGCAGAGGCGGCCGGCCUCUGCCGACACCGCGGCGAGAACCGUGUCUGUCGCGUUCCAGGGCACGAGCUACUGCUUGGACGCCGGUGGCAAGGGCAGGCAGCUGUCGCGCUCUUCGGCGACGAUCGCGGCGUCGCCGGAGAAGAAGAGGUCUAGUUCUGCAGCUGGUGCGCCGAUGCGCGCCAAGGUGUGCGACGCCCGGUGGCCGCCGGCGGCGAGUGCGGGGCCCUGCGGUUUCCGCGCCGUCGCCGCGCGGUACCUGGCGUUCGACGAGACGAUGCCGCGGCGCGCGUCGGUGGACGUCCCCGGGCCCAACCCCCUCCGCGCCGCGGUGUCCUCGGACGACACCGAGAGCGCGACGUCGUCCGCCGGCUCACCCGACGGCGACGACAAGCUCGCCCCCGUGGCGCGCCCGUCUCCGAGAAGCAUCAUGGCCUCGCCCGCGCGGUUCACGAGGGACGCCAUGGGGAGCCGCUCCGAGCGUUUCGCCGACCACUCGACGCCGUUCAUGUCGCGCACCCCCAGGUUCCUGACCUCGCCGUCUCCAAAGACGACGACGACGGCGGCACCGCCACCGGCGACGUCGAAGAAGAAGUCAGUCAAGUCACUGUUCAACGGGCUGCUCUCUUCGCCAUUCACGAGGCCGUCGCCUAAACAGCCACCUCCGACUAAGACGGCGGCCAGUUCACCGGCGAGGAGCUUGACGACAGUGGCAGCAUCUGCCAUUGCCGGUAAGCUGCAGCUGCAAGCUAAGGUUUCUUCCUCCGGUUGCGUCUCCGCCAAAGCCGAGGAGGAGCACCUGCUGAGGCUUCUGCACAACCGGCAUCUCCAAUGGCGGCACGCCAAUGCGCAGGCCGACGCCGCGAUCUCUGCGCAGGCAUCGAAUGCUCAGAAACACUUGUGUGGUGCAUGGGUCACUGUUCUAGGGAUGCACAAAUCGAUUGCUCUCAAGAAGUUGCAGUUACAGUUUCUGAGACACAAUUGCAACCUCAUGGCUAUUCUGAGAGGCCAAAUGGAAUAUCUGGAAGAGUGGUCCUUACUGGAGAACAAGUAUGCCAGUUCACUGCCAGGAACAAUAGAAGCUCUGAAUGCUACCGUACUGCGGCUUCCUGUCUCUGAUGGAGCAAUGGCAGAUUUUCAGGCUGUCAAGAAUGCUGUUAGCUCUGCAGUUGAUGUCAUGCAGACAAUGAGGAAUUCAAUGAGUAAUCUACUGCCUAAGCUAGCCAGGACAAAUGUGUUGGUGUGUCAGCUGUCCAGAAUUGCCACUCAAGAACAGGUUUUAAUGGCGCAGUGCAGAGAGUUGCUAUCCACACUAGCACUGAUGCACGUGAAGUACAGUAGUCUACAAGGGCAAAUGAUUCAGCUGAGCCACCAAAAUAUGGGUAAAGGCGUCUCUAGUUCAGAGUAUCCAUACUGAUGUUUAACAAAAAUAUGGCUAAAGGAUGUAGCUGAGGUUGGCUGACAUUUUACUGUGUUCUUGGGAUUACAUGAGUCUAUAGAUUAAAGAGAAAUGAUAAUUUAGUUGUGAACUCUUGAGUCUCUGACAUUUGUCACAAUGUGCCAGUUUUUAUUUAACCAUGGCACUUUUAUCUUACAUUUCGGCUGUUGCAUGCUCAUAGCCUGUUGGCUGUUGUGGUCACGGAAUCUUGAGAAGUCUGCUUAACUUCUUGAUGGGACUACCGUGCAUUUUCUUUCGUUAAGUACUCAUGACUCUGGUGCUAUAGCACAUAUAUAGAGAAACUGCAAGUAUAUUUGCUGUAAUUUGUAUGACAGUUUGCAGUUCACCUCUCUCUGG